GUCAUGUUGAAGCAAGAGAUCCCUAACCUUUAAGGUGACUUAAGUUUUCUGAUAUUGGUUCUGACAUAUCAAAGAAAUCUUGAAAGAUUUUUAAGUUAUUUAAUUAAGGCCUAUGAAAAAUGAUGAAAAGAAUUUUUGUUGUAAUAACUUCUGGAGUUAUCGUGUCAGAAGUAAUGUGGCAGUUGUACAAGAGAUAUAAACAUUCUCGAAAGAAAGUGAUUAAUAUUUCUAAUUUCAAUGGUUGCGCAAAACAACUUUGCAAAAAUGCAGAAGCAAAAAUCUUCGAAGUUAUGUUUUUUUCACAAGACUGUAUUUUAUGUCGGUCACAUUUGACAAUCAUGAAACCAUGUGCAAAGCUGAAUUGUUCAGUAAGAUACUUAAGGAGGAUUAUACAUUAUUUGGAUUUUGCAACUUACACUUUGGACGUAUGUAUAUAUUUCUUCACAUUUCCAGAAUUGGCAGAAGCAAUUAUAAAGGCCAAAAAUAGAAAUGUUAUUGUGAGGAUCAUAAUGGAAGAGUCUAUGGGGCGUAAUGAUAAUAGCCAACUAAUGAACUUUUACAAAGAAGGCAUUAAACCAAUAUCAAAACAAUUAGAUGUCUUGAUGCAUCAUAAAUUUGUUAUUAUUGAUAAUAACAUUUUGAUAACAGGCAGUAUAAACUGGACUAAAUCAGCAUUUUUUGGAAAUUUCGAAAAUGUUAUAGUGACUAACGAGUCAGCAAUAGUCAAGCCAUUUAUAAACGAGUUUGAAAGGAUAUUCACUAUGCUCACUGCUACGACUACAGAAGCUGAUUCUAAAAAUUUAGAUAUACAUUAA